ACAGACUUUAUUAAACAUGUUAAACGUCUGUUUAAUAAUUAAAUUAACAAAAUGAUUGAUUUUUAAUAAAUAAUAAACCGUGAUAAAUCAUACCCUGCAUUAAAAGUGCGACAAAUUCGUGUUGAGAUUAGAUGGAGUUUAAGGAGUGAUAUUUAAGAUUACGAUUUAAUCCAGGCGAAUCAUGGGUUCUGAGCAAUCAUCGGCGGCGGCUGCUCGGGAGGCAAGUUCUAACGCCAGGAGGAGCGAGAGCCCCCGCAGUGGCGGCAGGUUGGUACGCGGCCACACGAUCGCUGCCUCCGGAUGCGAGGCCGCCAAAAUGGAGCGGCCUACAAGCAUAUCUCCUGGACCGAGCGUCUGUUCUGACGCCGAUUUGCCGUAUAUAUCAUACACUGUCAAUCGACCUAUUGGAGAUUCACCAAAAUUAAAAAACAAGAAUCUCAAACAACCUCUAAUGACGAGGUCGCGAAGCACGGGCCUGGGCAAGAACAAAAAUCAGGCCCAAGGCGGCAAAUAUUCUUCAAACAGCAAACAGCCGCCAGCAAGCGCUUCUGCAGCUUUAGGACGCGCAACUAAGGCGCAUAAUAUUGUUGUUGUGAAAUCAGGAGCUGCACAAGGGGGACCAGAAUCGGAUCCUGACAUUCAAAGACUUCAAAGCAUUCCAAUGUUUUUACCUGUUAUGAGAGGGACUUUGAAUUUACCAUCUCAUAGGGAUCCAGAGGUAUUAGAACGCUUGCAGCCUGCACCACUACGCGCCCUUUGUCUUAAAAUGCAAGCUCAUUAUGCAACGAGGGCUAAUGAUGUGGCAGCUGAACAAAAUAAUAUUGUUCAAAAAAUAAAAGAGACUGAUGCAGAUAUAAAUCGUCUGAUGGCUGGUUUAACGGACAACCAGAAACGUUAUGCAAAGUACGCGGAAAAACUAUCAAAGGUUUAUGAUGUUUCACAUCAGGUUAAGAAAUGUCAUAUGCUCUUAAGUCAAACUUUAGAAAGUUUAAAUACUUUGAAUAAUUGUUUGCCUUUAGAGGAUAGACUAGAACCAUUUGUCUGGUCAGCCAACAAACUGCCGUCUGAAAAAGCACUAACUGCCGCACAAAAUUUACUGGACUGCGGCGUUGCACUAGGAGCACUUGAUGAUAGAUAUAAAUUACUAGGACAACGACAAGUUAUAGCAACUGAAAGCCCUGGACUGAGGCUAUAUCAAGAGAUACAAAACUGGCCACAUUGGAAGAGCAAAGCUUGA